GUUGGUGCCAGUGCGGUUUUUUUUUUAGGCAAUAUGCCUGUAACCUUCGUGUAAUUCUAUGUAAUUGUCGGCUGGCUUUUUUUGCGACACAAAUAAAGUGAAUUCAAACGCCAUGACUUCUCUCUUUACGUGUUGGCCAAGGCACGGCCAUGUUACUUGGCUAAUUCUUUCCAUCAUCUGCGUGAUCCGCCGGAGCGAUACCAUCGAUGAUACUUCUGUAAUGCGUUCAGAUUUCAAGUCUGAAUUACACUCGGACGGCACGAUUAAGUUCCGCGUGAUUCUAUCCAACGGGCAGGGCUCUCACGUGAGGUGUGCCGCGGCAUGCCUUAAGGAGGAAUAUUGCCGAUACUUCAGUUACACAAGAGAUACAGGACAGUGCGAAUUGAGUGAUGCCUCGGUAGUUUCUUCAAAGGAAAACAGACUGAAAUACUUUAGCAGAAGCGUAUGCAUAACUGCAUAUAGAACUUCAGGUUUUUUAAACUACAUAUUCCCAUUGCCUGCAUUUGACGGGGAGAUUGUGUUGGAUUUCGCACUACAAACCUCUGCCGACGCCAUUGUCAGUCUGUCAACAGAUGGCACCUUUGGCGGUGUCAAGUAUGAAUUGGUCAUUGGCCAUGGUGGAGGUGUCAACACCGUCAUGCGUCGUUGCUGGAGCUGCACAAAUCUGAAGGUUGUUCCAUCAGAAGACGUGGUAAAUGAGUCACAGAUGCGACGCUUUUGGCUCCAAUUCGACAACAACCGCGUUGCCCUUGGAAAGUACCAUGAGGAGGCGUAUAUCGAAUGGACUGAUACCGGCAACAUACCCACACCCACGGCUAGCCCCGUCUGGUUCCUUGGUUUAGGUGGCUGGGCGUCUCCUGUGGACUGGCUAAUAUACCAAAACUGCUGAGAAGAUUGUGUUUAAGUGUGCUUUAAUGGUAAUACAUAGGGGAAAAAUUAAUCUAAGAAUUGCAUAAGUAGUAUUUCGAGGUUUUUGUUACUUCUUGAACAACUCGGGUUCUAUUGUUAGUAAUUGUUAAAGUAUAAUCACGUUCAUGCAACCUCAAUUUUACAUCAAUAGCAUUAACAUGUAUUGUAUAAAUGGUUUGCAGUCUUUCAGUUUCGUCACUACACAAAAAAACCAAACUUUUCAUGAUUAAACUUUACGGUUAAAAACAGGUGUAACUGAUUAACUUAUCUUGUUGGGUGAAGGAGGAAUGUCUAUUGUCUUUUUAAACAUACUGAAUUAUGAAAACCUGAAUAAUCUGGCAUGAUUAUAAUUAUACAACCUAUUUCAUUAUUUUAAAAGGCUAGCCUUAUACCAUCUAGUAUUCCAGAGGCGCGCCCAGAAAUGAUCCUGUGAAUUCAUGGACUACUUCCUAAUGAAGUUAAAUUGAUCAUGUAAGCCAUGCAUUUUCAUGAGGUAAGUGCAAGAUUUCACGCGGCAUAUUCAACGGUUUAUGACACAUUUCUGGUAAUGCAUAUUGUCUUUCAAUUGGCAAUUUAAUGCUGCCUUUGUUAUGAUUUCAUUGUGUAUACGAAAUUGAAAUUGCAGACGUAUAAACUUCCUGGGACAUUUAAAAAAAAAUGCGUGUUGAUGUUGACUGUAUGUGUGUGUAUUUUCAGCAAGUUUGUUAUAGCCAAUUUAAAGUUGCAUGCGUCUUGAUGGCUGCUAGAUUAAAAAUGUGGCAAGACGGUAGGCAGUUAUGGAUCGAUAAAAAGCCUGGUAUGUCAAGGUUCGUUGUCUCUAUUGUUUGCACAAAGGACAACUAAACUCAAUCUAUACUUUUUUGUCCACGUUUAUAGUUACAGAAUAGGAUACCAGGACCAGGUGCGGUUGUUAGAUGUUUCAUUAUGCUUGUAUGACACAAUUAGACUUUCAUGGACACGUUCCUUCACUUACGUCCAAAGAGUAACAGGAGUAUACAUCUACCCUGGUUAUUUCUGUACGUCACUUACAAAUAGUAUGUAAUCAGUCUAAAUUCAAUGAUCGAUGUUGUCAUCGCAACGGAACCGAGCAUGAGGGGAAAUUAGGCCUUGGAAAUGCCACAGACAACCUUUAUCAGUUUAUCAGUGUACGUCAGUGAGGUUGGUAACAGUGGCUUAAAUUUGA